GCAACGUCGUUUAUGUAGCCAUUUUUACUUGUAGCAAUGGCGGAUGAGGACGGCGACGCGCCGGCAGAGCAAGUGCCGCGCGAUGACGUGAGCGUAACGCUCAUGGGCAACGUGCUGGAGAAGCUGCGUGUGCUGCAGUAUGAGCGCGAGUUCGGCAAGAAGAAGAGCUUUGUGCCCUUCAACGAGACGCACUUCGCGGUUAUGAGCGCCGGUACCAACGCCAGCGCUCAGUUCAAGAGCUUCUUGGACCUGGUAACGUUUUUGCUCAAAAGCUGCGGCCAGGAUUUUGUCGUGGACAAGUACGACGACCCCAACACGAGUGUCAACAAGCUCAUCCUAACGCUCAAGACCUUGGGCUUCCCGCUCGAUUUCCCGGCCUCAAAACUCAAGCUUGGGUACGGUGAGGCUGUCUGCGCGGCGCUGGACUUCAUCUGCGAUCAAGCGCUCGCCGCUCGGCGCUUCGAUUGGCCGCGGCCCCAGUAUCCCAAGGAGGAUUUCGCGGAUGAGGCCGAAGUGGACGAGGAGGCGGAGGUGGACACUGCGAACGAUGACGAUGACAACGCGCUGCCAGCAGAAGAGGAGGCUGAGGAGCUCUACAGCGACCUCGUGCGUAGUGGCAAGGCUGCCGAGGACCAGCACGACCUGGACCAGAGCUUCCAGCAGAUGAUCAUGAGCGAAGUGAACCCGCUGCUCUGGAAGACGGAGCUGGAACGUGUUGGGCCGAGACUCAAGGUGAAAGGCGGCGCGGCUGCAGCAGCGGCAGGCAAAGAAUGGCACGCGCACAUUGAACGAUCGAGAGAGCAUGAGAAGAUCAUGAACGAGUUGUUGCCGCGUGCAAACGGCCAACUGGGUUUGCUUGGUACUCAACUCACGGAAGCCACAGGACGGAUGGGAGCGAAGGAGAAGAUGCUCAACAACCAGUACGAACAUCUUAAACAAGAGUAUGCGGCGCUCAAGGAGAAGCUUCAGGCAGCGACGGAAGUUAGCAAGGCAGCAGCUGACCGCGUGAACGUCAUGACAACUGAGUACGCCGAGACGACAGAGCAGUUGAAGGAAACUAAGGGCGUCAUGGAUGAGCGUGGCGCCAAAAUGACGGAUACGUCGCCGCUUGUGCACAUCAAGGGCGCGCUCAAGACUCUAGCAGCUGAAAUCAAGAACUUUGAGCUGCGCAUCGGUGUUGUCAGCCACACGCUGUUACAGGCAAAAUGCCGCCAGGCCAGUGCUGCCAAUGUACGCCGACGUGGAGGCGAAGCUGCUGCCGACGGACAGAGCUACCAAGACCCUGAGUACGACCCGAGCGAUGAGGAUUCAAACUAACCACUUUCAAUUAUUCCCAACCGGUAGUUGCAUCGAUACACAAGUAGUUGUGCGCU